GAGGGGUACAGAACGACUGGGCUCAUCUCUGAUCUGUCCACCCUACCUAUAUCACGGGUACUUCUCUUUUCUCCUAUCUUGGAAACUGAGACAUCAUCAGCAGGAUGCCUGAGCAUGUGCAAGAGAGAAAAUCCAAGAUUUCAGCCUCGAGGAAGCUGAUGCUGAAGAGCCUGAUGGUGGCAAAGGCCAAGGAGGAAUUGGAGCAGGAGAUUUUCGUCAAAGAGGAAGAAAAACAGAAGUACCUUGCAGAGAAAGCCCCCCCUCUGAACACUGGCGGUCUGGGUCUUGCUCAGUUGCAGGAUCUUUGUAAAGAGCUCCACGCAAAAAUCGACGUGGUCGAUGAGGAACGAUAUGACAUUGAGGCCAAAGUGAUGCUUAACACGCGUGAGAUUAAAGACCUAAACAUCAAGGUUCUGGACCUCAGGGGGAAAUUCAAGAGGCCUAAUCUUCGACGCGUUCGUGUGUCCGCUGACGCCAUCCUUCGCUCGCUGCUGGGCUCCAAGCACAAAGUCUCCAUGGACCUCCGAGCUAAUCUCAAGUCUGUUAAGAAAGAAGACACUGAGAAGAAGAGGCCAGUGGAGGACAGCGACUGGAGGAAGAACGUGGAGGCCAUGUCCGGGAUGGAGGGAAGGAAGAAGAUGUUUGAUGCCGCCAAAGGUUCUGCUCAGUGAAGACAGAAAGAUGCCCAUCUUUUUAGUUGCUGAUGCUGAUCUGCUGCUGUUUAUUGCAACCUAUGUGGUUCCUUUUCAUACUUCAUCUGUGGAUAUAUUCCUACCGUGGUUGUGAGAAUGUGCCCACAUAUGUGAGAUAUUCCACCCUUUGCUUUGUAUGUAAAUUAAGGUUUCUGCACGAGGUAGACCUAUUUUUUCUCGUUAGUUCAGCUGACUUCUCAUUUAAGUUCAUGGUAGUGAUUCACACUUUUUCUUCAACGGAAACAUUAAAAUUAACAUUUAAAAAAUAGAAAUAGAAUAGCUGUUUUUUUUAAUAUGCAGCAUACUCAGAGAAAGCUAAUGAUAAUGCAAAUUAAACUGCAUGUUGGUGUUGUUGCUUCAUAAAUAUAUCUAUGUGCUGUGAGCUUGUGGUUUGUAACACUUUGCUUUAAAGGAUUAAAAUAAUUACAGACAUAUU